AUGACUCAAUGGCUUCUCUCCGUUCUAGCCCUGUGCGUCUCUCUGGCCCACGCCGACCAGAGUCAACAGCCUGCUAAACGGGUUGCAAUUAUCGGCGCCGGUGCCGCAGGAUCCUCCACAGCCUACUCCUUACGCAACUCUGUGAACGAGACGACGCCCCUAGAGAUCACCGUCUUCGAACGCGCUCACUAUGUCGGCGGCCGCUCCACCACCGUCAACGUAUUCGACAACCCCUCCUAUCCUGUCGAGCUGGGAGCGUCCAUCUUCGUCGACGUGAACUACAAUCUCGUCAACGCCACCAGGGAUCUAGGUCUCUCGAUCGAGAGCGCCAGCCAGCAGCGGCCAAAGGAGUCGCCCGACUCCAUCGGAAUCUGGGACGGAGAACAGUUCGUGUUCGUCCUCCAGGACACAUAUAGCUGGUGGAACGCUGCCAAACUGAUCUGGCGGUACGGCUGGGCACCUAUCCGUACCCAGUCCCUAAUGAAGCGCACCGUGCAGAGCUUCCUCCGUCUGUACGACGCACCGCUCUUCCCCUUCCCCUCGCUCUCCGCCGCCGCCGAGGCCGUCGGCCUCCUCGACGCAACCACCUCACCCGGCCAGACCUUCCUGUCCAACAACAGCGUUGCCGAAGACUUCGCCCGCGACAUCAUCCAGGCAAGCACCCGCGUCAACUACGGCCAGAACCUUCCCUUGAUCCACGGCCUCGAAGCCAUGGUCUGCAUGGCCACCGACGGCGCCAUGGCCGUCGCCGGCGGCAACUGGCAGAUCUUCGACCGCAUGCUGCGCGCUUCCGGCGCAGAGGUGUAUCUCAACCACACCGUCACCGCGAUCCGUCGCUCUGCCGACGAUGACGGGUCCUGGAUCGUCGUCGUCGAUACCUCUGUCGGUCGAGCUAGCUACGUCUUCGACGAAGUCGUCAUCGCUGGUCCGCUCCAGUAUUCGGGUAUCCAGAUCGAGCCCGCCCCGGCGCACCCGCCGGAUGAAAUUCCCUUCGUGACACUGCAUGUGACGCUCUUCGCGUCGCCCCAUCGUCUCUCGCCCCAGUACUUCCACACUAGCGAACCCGUCCCGGAGACGGUUCUCACCACGCUUCCGCGGGGCACGGAUUUGGGAUCGAGCGAAAAGGGUGUUGGUCCCGCCGGGUUCUGGAGCAUCAGUACCCUGCGCACGGUGGACGUUGCCACCGAGGAUGGUCGCGUCGAGCAACAGUACGUGUAUAAGAUCUUCACUCCCGAGCGGGUGACAGCUAAGUUUGUGCGCGACAUUCUGGCGCUCAACUCAACAACAACAACAGAAGACGACGCAACGAUCGGUGAUCUACCAGCGCAGGAUAUUAGCUGGUCGCAUGAAAAGGUCUGGCACCCGUAUCCGUUCCUCUAUCCGCGGGUAACCUUCGAGGAGCCGGUGCUGGCGCCGGGGCUCUGGUAUACGGGGGGAAUUGAAAGCUUCAUCUCGACGAUGGAGACCAGUGCGCUCAUGGGGAAGAAUGUCGCGGCGCUGAUGGCGCAGUCAUGGCUGGGCCAGGACGAGGUUAAUCUUGGGGAUGACCCUGUCGACCGCACGGAGUUAUGA